UCAGGGAGCGCGGGAGGCGCUCGGAGCCCCGACUGCAGCCGUGCCGGCGCGGCUUCCAGGGGCCAACCUUGCAGAGAAACGUUCCUGCCUUCGCUCGGAGCCUUCCCCGGACAGCGUCUGCGAUGCCGGCCCCGGGCGCAGUGGGAGCCGCCCCGGUCUUGGCCGCCCUGCUAGCGGCAGCCCUCUGUGGUCACCUCCAGGUCGGAGUGAGCGCCACCUUGAACUCGGUUCUCGUCAAUUCCAACGCCAUCAAGAACCUGCCCCCGGCGCUGGGCGGCGCUGCCGGGCACCCGGGCUCCGCGGUCAGCGCGGCUCCCGGGAUCCCGUACGAGGGCGGGAACAAGUACCAGACCAUUGACAACUACCAGCCGUACCCGUGCGCCGAGGACGAGGAGUGCAGCACGGAGGAGUACUGCGCCAGCCCCACCCGCGCAGGGGGCGCGGGCGCGCAAAUCUGCCUGGCCUGCAGGAAGCGCCGAAAACGCUGCAUGCGUCACGCUAUGUGCUGCCCCGGGAAUUACUGCAAAAAUGGGAUAUGUAUGCCUUCUGAUCACAAUCCUUUCCAUCGAGGGGAAAUCGAAGAAACCAUUCUCGAAAGUGUUGGUAACGAUCACAGCACCGUGGAUGGGUAUUCCAGAAGAACCACGCUGUCUUCAAAACUGUAUCAUACCAAAGGGCAAGAAGGCUCAGUCUGUCUCCGAUCAUCAGACUGUGCCACAGGGCUGUGUUGUGCUAGACACUUCUGGUCCAAGAUCUGUAAACCUGUCCUCAAAGAAGGUCAAGUGUGCACCAAGCACAGGAGAAAAGGCUCCCACGGGCUGGAGAUAUUCCAGCGCUGUUACUGUGGAGAGGGUCUGUCUUGCCGGAUACAGAGAGAUCACCAUCAAGCCAGCAACUCUUCCAGACUCCACACCUGUCAGAGACACUAAGCCAGCCGUCCGAACACCGUGGACUCCUUUGCUAUAGUAGAUGCUAUGAAAACUGUGUGUGACUUCUAUCAGCUCAAUCCUAAAGGAUGUACAAAUUCUGUGG